AUGCUCGUCCCGACCCUGGCAGCCACCGCAGCACUCUUUACCACCUCGGCACAUGCCUGGGGCGCAGCAGGCCACGAGAUCGUCGCCACCAUCGCCGAGAUCCAUCUCCACCCUCCAGUCCUCGCCUUCCUCCGCUCCGACUCGAGCCUGAUCCCCGACUACGCCAAGGGCCACCUCGCCCCGAUCGCCACCUGGCCCGACCGCAUCCGCAUGGUGCCCGAGUACCGCGGCUGGAGCGGCCAGCUUCACUACGGCUCGUGGGACGGCGACCACCCGCCCCAGGUGUGCUCGUGGCCGGGCACCGGCGACGGCACCGACGACGAGGGCGGCAAGGGCAGGUGGCACUCCGACAACGACGUGAUCCACGCCGUCGCCAACUACACGUCGCGCCUCGAGACCAACCCUCACGACUGGGAGUCGCUCCGCUUCCUCGUCCACUUCCUCGGCGACAUCCAUCAGCCUCUUCACCUGACGUCGCGUGAGCGCGGCGGCAACGGCGACCCGGUCCUGUGGGAGGGCCGCCGCACCAACUUGCACUCGCUGUGGGACGGCCUCCUCAUCGCUCGAGCUCUUCGCGAGCACAGCAACUACACGUCGCCGCUGCCGAGCCAGCAGAUCGAGUCGGCGCUCAUGGGCCGCAUCUACGACCCGUACAUCCGCCUCCUCCUGUGGGAGGGCGUCCGCACCUGGUGGCGCACCUCGCUCCCCGGGUGGUUCACCUGCUCCCCCUCGUCGUCCGCCCUCUCGCCCUCCCCGACGCCGCCUCACCCAGCGCAGCUCGUCCUCGGCGCAGGCCCGGCCAAGGCGACCGUGUGCCCCGUCACGUGGGCGACCGAGACGCACAAGACGACGUGCGAGAUGGGCUUCCCGGACGGGUACGACGAGCACGGCGCGCCGGUCGAGGCGGGCGGCAAGAGCGAGUUCUACCGCCGCAUCAGGGACUCGCUCACGGUCGAGCGGCUCCUCACUCAGGCCGGCCUGCGCCUCGCCGCCACGCUCAACACGGUCCUUGGUCCCGUCGCUGCUGCCGCCGCCGACGAGGCUGGCCUCGACGGGCGCAUGCACGAGGGCGUCCUCAACUUGAGCUGGCUCGAGGAGGCCGAGCGCGAGGCUUGGUGAGGGCGCAGCUCGACGUCCUUGUCUUUAUUCUCAUACAUCUCUACUCGCACCCUGUUAUGUAUCUGCGCAUUCCUGC